UGACUUGUCUUUAGAUUGGUCCCUUGUCUAACUUGUCUAUCUGGUUGAAGCCAUUGCCACGAUCACAUAACUUCAAAAACAACAAAUAAUACUAGCUAAACCAGGAAAUAACACUGUAAAAUCCAAGCAAUUUACAGUUGAAAAAAGGGAGGAAAUUUGGUGCAUAUAUAUUACUAUAAUGUAUGGAAUCUAAAAGAUAUUAUAGCUUUUCCAAAGUUCCACCAUUUGUCAAAAGUUUGACAAUCUGCCACAAGUCCACCUUGAAAAAAAGAAAAGAAAAGUCAUCAUCAUCAUCUUCAUAAAAAUCAAGAUUCCUUCUUUUUGAUAUCUUUGGAAUGAUGGUUGCAGUUUUGUGUUGAGUAGAGGAUAAGAAGAAAGCACUUUAAUUUGUGGGUAAAAAUUGAUGGGGAAUUGUUUUGGAUCAGAGAUUUGUGACCCUAAUACCCUUAGCAAAGACCCUAGCUACUCAACUAGACCUUCCACACCAGAUUCAAAGAACUACAGCAGUGGUGUUGGAUUUUCGACUAGCAGCAGUACUGGGCAUAGCCGUUUUUCAGUGGCUGCAAGUGACGACUCAUGUUUGAGUGGUGGAGAAAUAUUGCCUACUCCUAAUUUGAAAACAUAUAGUUUUUCUGAUCUCAAGUCUGCCACAAGAAAUUUCAAGCCUGACACGGUUUUGGGGGUGGGCGGUUUUGGGACGGUAUUCAAAGGAUGGGUCGAUGAGAAGACGUUUGCUCCAGCUAAAGUUGGCACUGGAAUGGUUGUUGCCAUCAAGAAGUUGAACUCAGAGAGCAUGCAGGGAUUCGAAGAGUGGCAGGCGGAAGUGAAUUUCUUAGGAAGGCUUUCACACCCGAACCUUGUUAAAUUGCUGGGAUAUUGUUUGGAAGACAAGGAACUGUUACUUGUAUAUGAAUUCAUGCCAAAAGGAAGCUUGGAAAACCAUCUUUUCAGAAGGAGUACAGCUAUUGAACCACUUUCUUGGGAGUUGCGGCUCAAAAUUGCCAUAGGAGCAGCACGAGGCUUAGCUUUCCUACAUUCUUCAGAAAAGCAAAUCAUUUACAGAGAUUUCAAGGCCUCCAAUAUACUGCUUGAUGGGAGUUUUCAUGCAAAGCUAUCAGAUUUUGGCUUAGCUAAAGUGGGGCCGUCAGCUGGGAACUCACAUGUGACAACUCGUGUUAUGGGCACAUAUGGUUAUGCUGCUCCUGAAUACAUUGCAACAGGUCAUCUAUAUGUAAAAAGUGAUGUGUAUGGAUUUGGUGUCGUCGUGCUUGAGCUUUUAACAGGCUUACGAGCACUUGACACAAAACGACCUAGCGGACAGCAUAAUUUGGUGGACUGGGCGAAACCGAUGCUUUCUCACAAAAGGAAGCUGAAGUCCAUUAUGGACGCCCGAAUGGAAGGCCAAUAUAGUUCAAAAGCAGCAACGCUUAUCGCUCAGCUUACUAUAAAAUGCCUGGAAGGAGAACCUAAGAAGAGGCCUUCUAUGAAAGAAGUAGUGGAAGUGUUGGAACAAGUUGAAUCCAUAAAGGAGAAACCAAAAGCUUCCAAAAGAAAAUCCGAGCCUUCAUCUCAUCGAUACAAGCAAUCGCCGAGAAGUCAUCAUCCUUCACCACGUGGUGCAAGCCCCCAUGGAUUCGGAGGCGGAUCUGGAAGAUGACAUGUACAACUGGAAAGGCAAAUAAUGGGAGCUGAAGAAAAAUGAGUUUGUUUAUAGAUUUAAUUGUAUUGAAUUUGUUGUAAUCCAAUUUGGUUAAUCAUUAUUUUGGAUAACAAAUUUUGUAUUGUCUGUCACCUCUGCAUUCCAUGGGAAUGAAUGUACUACCAUUGGUUAAACGUAUAAGAAUACUGAUUUCAUUUGUGGAAGGUAUGACUACAGUUAAAAUUAACAGACAGUUCUACGUGGUGAAA